AUGACUGUUGACACGAAUUCUACCGCUCUUGUCUCCACUACUAAAUCCAACUGGGCUCCUCAAUUCUCUCCUAUUUUUCCAGGUUUGAACACUACGGAAACCGAACCAACUUAUAACGCUAGUAAAAUCGAUACCGGUGCUACAUUAUCCAAGGAAAAAUUGGAUUUGUCUCAGUAUCCCAGGGGUUGGAAAGUUCCCCCAACCGAUUCCGCUGAAGUCAAGGCUAUUAUCGAUAGAAUUGAUUGGAGCUUAGUUCCUAAAUCCCCUAAGCAUAAAGCGCAGAACGGUGAUAUUAUUCAAACUGGUUACGACGCAAGCAAGGAUCCUGAUUGUUGGUGGACUUCUUCUGGCUGUACAAAGCCUAAAAUCGACUAUAUUCCUUCUGAUUUUUACAACUGUCCUACUAAGGGUGAUUGGGGCCUUACUUAUGAUGAUGGGCCAUUUGUCUAUUCUAGCGACGAUGACAAAGAAACCAAACAAGAAAACAAGUGGGCUGAACCUGAACUCUAUAACUUCUUGGCCAAGGAAGACUUGAAGGCUUCUCUCUUUUAUGUCGGCUCCAAUGUUAUCGAAUAUCCUGCUGCUGCUAGACGCGCUCUUAAUAAUGGCCAUACUCUCUGUUCACAUACUUGGUCUCAUCCUGCCAUGACUACUCUCACCAAUGAACAAGUUGUUGCUGAAUUAUAUUGGUCCCUCAAAGCUAUUAAAGAUGCCACUGGUGUUACUACAAAAUGCUGGAGACCCCCACAAGGUGAUGUUGAUGACCGUGUCCGUGCUAUUGCUUGGCAAAUGGGUCUCCACACUGUUAUCUGGAAUGAGGAUACUGAUGAUUGGGCCAUGCCUGCUCCUGGUGGUGGCAACUUACCUCCCGAAAAGGUUGAUGCCAAGUUUGAAAAGUGGAUUAAGAAACAACAACAAGGUAAAUACAAUACUGGUAUUAUGGUCCUUGAGCACGAAUUGAACCAUGCUACUGUUGGUAUGACUGAAAAAUGGCUACCCAAGCUCAAGGAAACCUUCAACAUCGUCUCAGCUAUGCAAUGUAACGGUGUUACCCAACCCUAUUGGGAAAAGUCUUUUGAAUAUCCCGCUGUUCAUUAG